GAGGCGGAGCAACACUGGAAAAACAGGAUUCUUUCAACGUCAUAUUGCAGAAAGGCAAGGGAAAGUAAUUCAGCAACAUUAAUGCAGUUGAAAAGCCUCCGUUUGUCCCUCCAAAGAAAAUAAAGUUUGUCAAGACUUUCACAACAACACUGCAGAGUCAGAUUCACAGGUCUCAGUGUGUAGAAAUGUCUGCUGCCAGCUGUCUGCUAUCUGAAGAUCAGUUCCUGUGCUCCAUCUGUCUGGAUGUGUUCACUGAUCCAGUCAGCACACCAUGUGGACACAACUUCUGCAAAACCUGCAUCACACAGCACUGGGAUGUCAACACUCCUUGUCACUGUCCCAUGUGUAAAAAGCCUUUUCCCCUAAGACCUGAGCUGCAUGUCAACACUUUCAUAUCUGAGAUGGCUGCUCAGUUCAGGAAGUCGUCUCAAAAGAAAGCCAGCAGCCACUCAGACCAACGAUGUGCCAAACCAGGAGAAGUUCCCUGUGACGUCUGCACCGGGACAAAACUGAAGGCCCUGAAGUCCUGCCUGGUGUGUCUGGCCUCCUACUGUGAGACUCACCUGGAGCCUCAUCAGAGAAUCACAGGCCUGAAAACACAUCAGCUGAUCCAUCCUGUGGACAACCUGGAAGGCAGAAUGUGUAAGAAGCACGAUAAACUACUGGAGCUUUUCUGCAAGACUGACCAGAUGUGUGUAUGUCUGUUCUGCACCUUUUCAGACCACAAGUCACAUGACAUUGUUCCUCUGAAAGAAGAAUAUGAAGGAAAGAAGGCUGAGCUGGGGAAGACAGAGGCUGAAAUUCAGCAGAUGAUCCAGAAGAGACGAGUGAAGAUUCAGGAGAUCAAACGAUCAGUGGAGCUCAGCAGGGAAGAUGCAAAGAGAGAGAUGGCAGACAGUGUGCGGGUCUUCACUUCUCUGAUGCAGUCUGUUGAGAGAGGCCAGGCUGAGCUCAUUGACAUGAUUGAAGAGAAGCAGAAAACAACAGAGAAACAGGCUGAAGGCUUCAUCAAAGAGCUGCAACAGGAAAUCUCUGAGCUGAUGAGGAGAAGCACUGAGGUGGAGCAGCUCUCACACACUGAAGACCACCUCCACCUCCUCCAAAGCUUUCCAUCCCUCAGCGUUCCACCACACACCAAGAAUUGGACAGAGGUCAGAGUCCAUCGCUCAUCAUAUGUGGGGAGUGUGAGGACAGCUGUGGCUCAGCUGGAGGAGACGCUCAGUAAAGAGAUGAAGAAGCUGCUUGAGGCUGAGCUGAAGACGGUCCAGCACUUUGAGGUGGAUGUGACUCUGGAUCCUGAUACAGCACAUCCUGCUCUCAUCCUGUCUGAUGAUGGGAAACAAGUAAAUCAUGGUAAUGUAAAGAAGAAUCUCCCAGACAACCCAGAGAGAUUUUCUUCUUGUGUGUCUGUCUUAGGAAAGCAGAGCUUCUCUUCAGGAAGAUUUUACUACGAGGUUCAGGUUAAAGGGAAGACUGACUGGGAUUUAGGAGUGGCCAGAGAGUCGAUCAACAGGAAGGGACAAAUCACAACGAGCCCCAAGAAUGGCUACUGGACCAUAUGGCUGAGGAAUGAAAAUGAGUACAAAGCUCUUGCUGAUCCUCGUGUCCGUCUCUCUCUGAAGUCUCAGCCUCAGAAGGUGGGGGUGUUUGUGGAUUAUGAGGAGGGUCUGGUCUCCUUUUAUGACGUAGAUGCUGCAGCUCUUAUCUACUCCUAUAGCGGCUGCAGCUUUACUGAGAAACUUUACCCAUUCUUCAGUCCUCAUCUUAAUCAUGAUGGUAAAAACUCGACCCCUCUGACCAUCUGUCCUGUCAAUCAAACAGAUUAG